GCAGUUGCGGGUAAUCAUGGAUGAAAGAGGCGGUUACUCGCGUGGGUGGCCUAGAGUUGGUAGUUCCUGGGGAUGAUAAAAGCAGCUGGCCGUCGAACUUGAAUAACAGCUCUGGACAAAAUUCGCUGCAACCCAAGUUUUGAGUCAGACAGUCAUCGACGGCUUUUUCUACACGAGUCAAUCUCAUCGUCAGGCACCAUGAACGCCAUCUUUGCAGCCGAUCUUGUCCUUUACCUGGUGCUCCUUCCCUUGGUUUUCUACAUUGUCUGGACGCGCCGCUCGGGCGGACUUCUGGCAUGGUACUAUCUAAGUGUCUUCUGCAUUGCUCGUGUCGUGGGAGGAGCGAUGGGAGUACAUGAUAGCCAGAGCCUUGCUGCGAACAUCAUUGUGGGCGUGGGCAUCUCGCCUCUCAUUCUAGCAAUUGAUGGUCUUCUCCAUGAAGCCCGAGCUUACCGCAACCCCGGAUCACAAUGGGUCGGCUGGGCGGUAGUCAUCGUAGCCACAGGAUUGAUGGCCACGGCUCUUGCGCUUGCAAUUGUGGGUGCCUUGAACAUCUAUGAAGGUCAUCCCAAGGCGGACAGUCUGGACCACUGGAAGACAGGCACCGGAUUAAUGGUGUUGGUUUGGGGUUUGGAGGUGAUCUGGGCAUGUAUCCAGCUCCUGCCAUCGCAGCGACGGAAGGAUGCCUUCUCGUUUCAUGCUGGUACUACGCUUCUUCAGGGGUCUUUUCUGGCAUUAUUCUUUGUGGGCAUCCGGGCUAUUUACCAGUUGGUCGCGGUGUGCACGCAGCGGAAAGACCUCAGCUCCAGCACUGGAAGUUUGGCAGUGCGGGUGGUUUUGGUGUUUUUGCCGGAAGCCUUUACAGUUUUCUCGAUGGUGCUUGUGGGCGUGCAGACAAGGAACGUCAGGAAAGGUUGAUCGUGCAACGACUUCGUGGCCGGAGAUAGUGUGACAUAUGUCUCCGAUUCGCUUGCUGGUCUGCUACAUGCGUGUGAUUUAUUUUCUGUCGAUCAUGUACCAUAUUAGUUUAUAGACUUGC